AUGCCGUCGCCACUCCCAAGUCCUGGAUUGUCUGAAGGAACGUCACCGUUCUCGGGUAUGCUGUCCAGGCAAAAUGAUAGAGCCAUGACGAGCUCAGACAUCAAGCGUUCAGAUUCCUUCUACGACAGUUUCCGAUGGCUUGACGAUGAAGAUGGUUUGGAUCUCCGUUUAUAUCUCGAUGACUAUCAUAUCAACCUGCGAGAAGAGAUACCGGUUCCAAACAAGAGCCGAAGACCAUCGUUUCGACGUCACUUAUCAAUUAAUAAGCUGCCCUUUGGAAAACCCUCUGUCAAUGGACUAGGAGAAGAUCCUGCUUCUCCCACAGCUUUGCCGCCGUCUGCCUCACACAGCUCCAGUGUUGGCUCAUCUGGCCAUGUGCGGAAGAAGUCUCGUGCUCGCGCGCUGUCGUUGAUAUCUGCCAACAGACAAACACCCUUGGCGUCUCCCUCUCCUUUGACCCCACCCCUCGACCCUUCUGCCGCUCAUUAUCGAGACCCUGAGGCUCGAAAGAAGCUUCGAGCUUAUCUCGCUUCACCCCAGAAAUUUGAUGAGGCCAUUGAGUUUGGAUUCUCUUCCAAAGAUGGACCCCGACCACAAACGGGAUUGAUCAAAGCCUCCGCAAACGAGCCGGACAGGUUGCGAAGCUUCCUAGAAGAUGAUCGAUCAUCAAGAUACAGCGACGAUGCUUCUGCAGCUGAACCUGAUUCUCCAAAAACUCCUCAAUUGUUCGACAAGACACCGCAUAUUCGAUCUCUACGAAGUAGCAACGAGCACUCAUCAUACUCAAGAGGAGAGAAAUCUAUAUACGACCCAGCAGCGAGCCGAGAAAUGACACUUCGCAUGACCUUAACACGGCCAGAUCUUCGCCAAAGCGAGGAUCAGAUCUAUGGCUGGAAACAGGCUGGUAGUCGAGUGAGCUCAAGCCGUGGAGAUCACACACCUAGUCCAGCAUUGUACGCUCGUGAAAGCAACCCCAAACAGAGUAUUGAAAGACAGCUCGCUGCUCUAGACCAGUGGGAAGAUCCUGUCGAUCAUGAUAACCGCACCGUGAGAAGAUUCUGGAAUCGAGUCAAGCGGUCAUAG